AUGUCCUCUUUGUUGCUCGUCGCAUUCCUAUUGCUCCCUAUUAUUGUAAACUCAGCCAAUGCAACGACAACCCAAUCCCCAUCGGUUGCAACGACUGGUAAGGAAACUUUGAAGGAAGUUUAUAAAUAGUCAUCAAAUUACAAGAUGCACCCCUAACUGUGGCCACAUUGUUCCCGACGAUUCCAACAUUUCCACCGCCUCCGACGCCAAUUGUUUUGCCAACUCUACCAACGUUGGCCACAUUGCCAACGCUCCCUUCUUUGUGGAAAAUCCUAGGGAUCCCUGAACCAACAUUAGCCCCUUUAGCCCAACUAAAUGGAUUUCAAAAAAACCCUCAGGCAGUAACAAUUGCUACCCUGCCGACGCUUGCUCCUUGGCCAACAUUACCAACAAAUCCUUCAGGGGUUACCGUUGGUGUUUCAGACCUAAAAAAUCGGUUAGAUUUCGAUGGAUUCAUUGAUCUGAUGAAUCAAGUCUUAACCCAAAUGGGAAAGGAUAAAGUCAAUCAAGCUGAGGCUGAAGCAUUUGCUCAGAAAAUUGGAUUCACGACUUCUUCGCCGCCCAAAAUGUUACAUGUUAGAUAG